AUGCUAAGGAUAAUAAGAAUCGAAUAUUGGAUUAAUCGUUUAAAGAGACUUGUUAGAACUAUUGUUAAUCGCUGUAAGCGAUGCGUGUUGGAUCGUAAACGCGCUUGCACUCAACUAAUGGCUGCCUUAACCCCAGAACGGACAGACUUGGAUCGACCAUUCACAACAACAGGAUUUGAUUUAGCUGGCCCCUUCGAUAUGAAAAAUUUGAAUGAAGUAACUUCAGAUUUAUCAACAGAUACAUUUUUAGCGGCAUUUAAUCGAUUUAUUUCGAGACGCGGUUGUCCACAUACGAUCUUUUCGGAUAACGGGACGAAUUUCGUAGGUGCUUCUCGUGAAUUGGAGAGAGAAUUUAAAACCUUUUUAUUAGAAAGUAAGUCUAGGAUUUGUUCGACAUUUGGCAUCAACGGCCUUUCAUGGCGUUUUAUUCCCGCUGGUGCUCCCCAUAUGGGAGGUUUGUGGGAAGCGGGAGUUCGAAGCUUUAAACUACACUUUCGUAAAGAUGCACAUUCCGGUAAAUAUACCUUUGAGGAACUUUCUACUGUCCUCGAUAGAAUUGAGGCAUGUCUAAAUUCUCGACCCUUAUGCCCUAUGAAUGAUUAUCCUAAUGAGAUAGUGGCUCUUACACUAGGUCAUUUCUUAAUAGGGUCUCCUAUACUAGCUCCACCUGAACCGUCAAUUUAUGACUCGCCGCUUAGUCUUCUAAAUCGUUAUAGGAAAGUUAAGGCACUGACUCAUCACUUUUGUCGUCCAUGGAAAGAAGAGUACUUGUCAGGUCUUCACAAACGAUAUAAGUGGAAAUAUCCAGAACGCAUCUGA